AUGACCCGACUGCUUACUCUGAAUACGCAGAACAUGAAAAUCCCAUCUUACUUCCGGAGGAAUAAGAAUAAGCAAAAAGUGAAGAACCGGAGCUCAGCAGAUGACCAUGGCUCAAUAGGUCCUAAGGAGAUUUUACAGAAAGCGCCGAAAAUAGGAAGAGCGGAAAUUUCAGAAGACAACAAUACUACCAAAAGCGAAUUUGUGCUAUCAAGUGCGACGAUUCCGACGGAAUCUCCAAAAUCAGAGGUCGCGGACUCGGAGCAUUAUUGGCGAUCCCCGCUGCAGGCUGGUAAUGAGACGUCACACGUUCUAUGGAAUCGUGCAUACGAGAAUUUAAAGUGUUCGGAGACCACUGCAGAGCUUGUCGAUGUGUACGAAAAGAUUCUUACGGCUUCACUUCAACAUGGGACAUCGAGCAACUCCGGUACAGCGGUCUCUGGCGGUCAACCUGACCUGGCACUGGAAAUCACUCUGACAAACAAUGCUCCUAAUAUCUUUGCCUGCGAUGAGAGCCAGCGUAUGGUCCACAUGAGAAGAGUGACUCAGCUGGCUCUGACUAGAGCCGAGAGAAAUGCCAAUGUAAAUCUUGCGGUCUCCGAGGCCCUUCGAGUCAUCACAGCUAUCCAGGGUGUCGUUGGUACGAUGCUAUCUGCCUAUUCCCCGGCGUCUCUGGCGUGGUCAGGAAUUUGCGUCAUUUUGCCAGUGAUUGCCAGUCCAUCUGUUCAAAGCAUGGCAUUAAAAGAUGGUCUACAUUUUGUCACUGAGAAGCUAGGGUGGUAUCUUGCGAUAUCGGAGUGUUCUUUCAAGGAAAUUUUGCCUGCAUCUCCUGCUGAGUUGUUACAUCUUCAAAAUUUGACAGAAUCCAAGAUCCUUGACCUUAUUCAGUCAUUCUUGGAAUUUGAAAUGAAGAGUGUGUGUUUUCAUUUCGGAAACCAUGCCCUCGUAAGAGCUCUGAAGGCGAUUCUAGCCAUCGACGAUUGGAAAGCACGGAUAGGGUACCUCAAGGGGCUCGAAUCUGAGAUAAAAGACUGCAUGUCUCAAUUUUACGAUGCAUCCAACACCUUACGCCUGGUCAAGAUGAGCGAAAACACCUCCCAGAUAUCGAUGAUCCUCCGAGAACUAGAUCUCAUGAGGCAGCUCCAACUCGACGGAAAUCGGAGACUGACUGAGUCCCAAAGACUGGAGCUCGUGUCCAAAUUCAGCACCAAAACCACAUGUCCGUAUGUGGAGAGAAUGAAAUCCGUCCCAAAACGAGUUGAAGGGACUUGUAACUGGUUUCGGGCUCACGACAGAUAUAACGCUUGGAUCAAGUCUGCGUAUGGUGGACUUUUGCUUCUUUCAGCAGAUCCUGGCUGUGGAAAGUCUGUUCUUUCCAGAUUUCUAAUUGAGGAUGUAAUCCCAGAAAGAAGGCCCGAUGAUAUACUAUGCUACUUCUUUUUCAAGGACAGUCCAGACCAAAACAAUAUCUGUGCGGCUCUCAGCGCGCUCAUACACCAGAUAUUAUCACGGUACCCCGAAUUUUCAGACCUUGUUCAGACAGAAAUAUCUUCAAAUGGAACCGCAUUGACGUCCAAAGAAUCGACACUCUGGAACAUUUUCAAGAGAAUCAUUGAUCGCAAAACCCUGAGGAUGAAUGUCACAUUUGUCCUGGAUGCACUGGAUGAGUGUCAAAGAUCCGAUCGGAUAACGCUGGUGGACCGUAUCAAGGAUUUGAUUGACGACAACAGCAAUGUGGCACAGAAUCGGACUGAGCCCACAACUCGAAAGAUAAGAUUCCUCAUUACCACACGUGGGUACCCGGAUAUAAUUGCUCUUUUCAACAAUUUCUCUCAAGGCUUGAUACACUUGGCUGGAGAAAACAAGAAAGAAGUCGAUGAGAUCCAGGCUGAGAUAUCCAUGGUUGUUGACUUCAGGUUGAACCAGCUGGCCAUGGGUAAGAAUCUCCGUGAGGAUCGCAAGAAGAUGCUCCGGAAGCGAUUGAUCGAAAAGGGAGGGGAGCAAAGAACUUAUCUCUGGGUUCGACUUGUAUUCGAAGUUCUGGAAGCCAAUCUCAGAGAUCAGCAAUUUGUUUGGAACCGUCUUGUUAAUACGGUUCCACAGAGUGCUCAUUCUGCCUAUGAAAAGCUCCUUGCCAGAGUUAGGCAAGACGAAAGGGACCGCGUGGAAAUGUUGUUCAAAAUGAUGAUUGUUGCGCUCCGGCCCCUUUCAGUGCAGACUGCAGCUCUUUUAUUGGAUGUCAGAGACUUUGUAGACAAUGAGAACGAAUUUCUCAACUCUUAUGGGAUUGAAUCUGGGGAGAAAAUUGACCUGGAGUCAACAGAGAGUUUUAAAGCAUGGAUUAUUGGCACAUGCGGCAUAUUCGUGACUAUCUAUGAUGAAAACCUCUUUUUCCUCCAUCAAACUGCCAAAGAGUUCCUCUUGGCUCCCGGUGACGUGGCAAGACGGGACUCUCAUGAGUUUCGGCAUAGCAUUACCGAGCGAGAGGCUCAUAAGGUCAUGGCGGAGAAUUGUCUGCUUCUUUGGAAGUAUGGAAGAUUUGCUGGCAAUGAGGAGUCCCAUCGCUACUGCCUAACAUACACGGCCCACCACUUCUGUGAAGCCCAAAGCUUUACGGGAAACGGCGAUUGUGCAGUCCAAGAUAUUGACGAUCGCUUCUGGGAUAUUUAUGCUAACAGUUGGAACGAUCUGGAAUUUAUUCGAAAUCAAUCUGUUAGCUCUUUCUUACGACAACAUGACCGAUAUGUGCUUGAUUCAGACGACACGGAGCAGAUAAAACUAGCCUGUAUGGCAACAUUUGGUCACUACCGGCUGCUUGAUCAAACGCUUCAAAAUUCCAGAGUGAGUGGACGCAUAUUGGAUCCUCUAGAUACUCCUUGGAUGCUCCCGGAUACAGUUGCAGCGACUCAUUGCGCUAAUCUGCUCCUGAACUAUCUUCCCCAACGGCCUCCGCUACUCUUCACACAGUAUGACACUUAG